GACCUGUGCGCCGGCAGCCAAUUCCCCAGAUCAAUUGACAUCCUCCGCCUGAGCACGAGGGGAGAUGGCUCCCCGCCGCCGCAGCCCCUCUCCGCCGCCUGCCUCUCUCCCAGACGACGACGACAUGCUCCGGGAGAUUCUCCUCCGCCUCCCCCCGCGGCCUUCCUCCCUCCCCCGGGCCUCCCUCGUCUGCAAGCGUUGGCGCAGCCUCGCCGCCGAUCCCCAAUUCCGACGCCGCUUCCGCGACCACCACGGCAAGCCCCCUUUCCUUGGCUUCUUUCUCGAGGACUAUCCGUCCUCUCCGUUUGUUCCAAUACUGGAUCGACCAGAUCGCAUCCCCGGCGCUCGCUUCUCCAUGACUCUCAACAAGGGCAACCGCAUCGUCGACUGCCGUCACGGACUCGUCCUUUUCAUCCGCCGUCGCCCGCGGCGCCGCCUACUUGUGUGGGACCCCGUCGCCCGCGACCAGCGCCGGCUCAUCGUCCCACCAGAGCUGGACAACGACCAGAUGCUCAUGUUCAACGGGGCCGUGCUUCGCCCUGCCAGCGGCCAAGGCCAUUUCCAGGUGGCCCUGAUAGCCCAUGCCAGACUUAGUAAUCAUACAAGAGUUUUCGCAUGCCUUUACUCAUCGGAGACCGGGAUAUGGAGCAAAAUCAAUUCACUGCAGCUGCAAUCGUAUAUGGCCAUGCCAGAACCCAGUACUUUGAUUGGGAAUUCCUUUUGCUGGUUACUUAAGGUGCCACCUGACCUUCAAGAUGUCAUACUUGAGUUUGAUCUGGAUAGGCAGAGCCUAACUGUGACAGAGCUGCCACCACAAGUAAAAGCUCGCCCUUUCAAGUUAAGGAUUGUGCCGACCGAAGAUGGUGGGCUUGGCAUCAUCCAUCUCUCAACAUUUCAGGGCCAAUUAUGGAAGAGAGAGCCUGGUUCUGUAUGGGUGCACGACGGAGCUAUUGAAUUCGAGGAGCUCAGAUCAGCUUGUAAGGGAGACCGAUACCCCCUCAUUGUGGGGUUUUCCGAGGACAGUAAUGCAAUCCUUGUACAGACGAAUUCUGGUGUUUUCAUGGUCUAUCUCCGGUCCAUGGAGUUUAAGAAAAUUUCCAAUAUGGGGGACUUCCAUCUCCAUUAUCCAUUUGCAUGCUUCUAUCCUGGAGCACCAGAUGCAUAACAGUUGGAAAUUGACCCAAUAGCUAUUGUCGGUUGUGGAAGAGCCCUGCUGUGAUUAGCUAGUUCAGAUGUACAAGUGGAAAAUAAUAAAUAGGCCGAACCUAUUGUGUUUCUAGUCAGGUUUUUAUUUUUGGCAUGUCUUGAUUUCUUUUUGCUUAGUCUGACAAGGAAUUGAGUUCACUAAAUAUAAUUUCUGGAAAGUCUCUUCAUCUUUUCUCCCC